AUGAGCUGGCUUCCGCAUACGGAGCCGAUGGCCGAGGGCUACUGGGGUCCUGUGACGAGUACGCUGCUAUGGUGUGAGCGCAAGUACGAGUGGACCAAGUACAUGGCGGAGCCGGUCAAUUCGUUGACGAAUCUGCUAUUUUUGUUUCUCUCGGGCUACGGCAUGUACCGCGUAGCAAGUGAGCAACUCUCUGCGCGCUUCUACCUGUGUGCAGCCGGGAUCGGCAUUGUCGGUAUGGGCUCGUUCCUAUUUCACAUGACGAUGAAGUACGAGGCGCAAUUGCUCGAUGAGCUGCCUAUGAUCUAUGCCAGCAGCUUUAUCUCCUGGUCCCUACUUGACCAGACGAUGUUCUACGGCCAAACACUCCCGCGGCGCAUCCUGCCGGUCAUUGUGCUGGCGGUGGAUGCGUGGAUCACUGUGACCUAUGUAACGAACGGCAACCCGAUCUUCCACCAGGCCGCCUACGCGUCGAUCAUGGUGAUUUCCAUCUCGCAUGCGAUCUACAUUAUGAUGUCGUCGAAAUCGCCUCUCAACCUCUCGGACGCCGCGCGCGCUCGUCGGCAGGAAGCGCGGUACUCGGAGCGCACAGGCACGAUUCUGUUCCUCGUGGGCUUCACGAUUUGGAACUUGGACAACAUCUUCUGUGGUCACCUGCGUGCGAUGCGAGAGGUGGUCGGCUACCCGUUGGCGAUCCUCCUCGAAGGCCAUGGGUGGUGGCACAUCUUCACUGGCUACGGCGCGUACCAUCUGCUCAUCGCGACGGAGGCCAUCGUCAUGUCAGAACUUUGA